AUGGAUGGCUCUUUUGUGUUAUUUUUUGAAGAAAGAAUUGGGGGGAAUUUAAAAAGAAGAAAAUUAAAGUUGGAAUUUCGUCAAUGGCCUAAUGGAAGUGAGAAAUGUGUUUGGAAUUUAAAUAAUAAUUUUGAUGGAGAAAAUAAGGAAGAAAAUUUACAUUUUGCCUAUUUUCUUGAACAAAAUGAUGCUUUUGUUGAAUAUCUUUUGGAUUUACCCAUUUUUGUUUUGAAAGCUUUAAACCUCUUAAAUUCCAAAUCAACUCUUUCUGAUGCUUUAAACUUUAUUCCAAUUUCUAUACAAUUUUCUGGACCUUUACAACUCCAAUUAACUUCGAUUCGUCAAAAGAAUUUUGCUCAUAAAGAAAUAUUUUUGAAGGUAGCUGAAUGGCUUUUAAAACAUCAGGAUGACAGAGGAGGAUGGCCAAUUCCAGUCGAAAGAAUUUUUAAUAAAGACGAAGAGGAAAACAAACUUUUCCUUCCUGCUGGUUGGUAUAGUGCUAUGGCACAAGGACAUGCCCUCAGUUUUUUGGCUAGAGCAUUUAAUGCUACGGGAGAUGAACGAUUUUUGUUGGCAGGGGAAAGAGCUUGUGACCUUUUUGACUUGGUAUUUCUUUUUAAUUUUUUAAGAGGGUUUUUAUCUUCAUGAAUGGGUUU